AUGAAGAAAAAUAUCAGAGGAGGAAAGCUUAUGAUCACAUACACAAGAAAGAAUGAUGCUGGCAAAUAUGUUUGUGUCGGAACAAAUAUGGUGGGAGAACGUGAAAGUGAAGUUGCGGAGCUCACUGUUUUAGAAAGACCAUCUUUCGUGAAGAGACCAAGUAAUUUGGCUGUAACUGUGGAUGAUAGUGCAGAGUUUAAGUGUGAGGCAAGAGGUGACCCAGUCCCUACAGUAAGAUGGAGGAAAGAUGAUGGGGAAUUACCAAAAGCAAGGUACGAAAUCCGUGAUGAUCAUACCUUGAAAAUCAGGAAAGUUACGGCAGGAGACAUGGGCUCAUAUACUUGUGUUGCAGAAAAUAUGGUUGGAAAAGCUGAGGCAUCAGCAACACUAACGGUUCAAGUUGUGUCUGAGCCUCCGCAGUUUGUUGUUAAGCCUCGAGAUCAGGUAGCUGCACUGGGGAGAACAGUGACUUUCCAGUGUGAAGCAACUGGAAACCCUCAGCCAGCCAUCUUUUGGCGGAGAGAGGGAAGUCAGAAUCUGCUUUUCUCGUAUCAGCCCCCCCAGUCAUCCAGCCGAUUUUCAGUUUCCCAGACAGGUGACCUCACCAUCACCAAUGUCCAGAGAUCUGAUGUUGGGUACUAUAUCUGCCAGACUUUAAAUGUUGCGGGAAGUAUCAUAACAAAAGCCUACUUGGAAGUUACUGAUGUGAUUGCAGACCGGCCUCCCCCUGUCAUUCGACAGGGUCCUGUGAAUCAGACUGUAGCUGUAGAUGGUACUUUAGUACUGAGCUGCGUGGCUACGGGCACUUUAAUGCCCACUAUCCUCUGGAAAAAGGAUGGGAUCCUCAUUUCCACCCAGGACUCUCGCAUCAAGCAGUUGGAGACAGGAGCAUUACAGAUCCGAUAUGCCAAGCUGGGUGACACUGGUCGGUACACCUGCAUUGCUUCAACCCCAAGUGGCGAAGCUACAUGGAGUGCGUACAUAGAGGUCCAAGAGUUUGGAGUCCCAGUGCAGCCACCAAGACCCACUGACCCAAACUUGAUUCCUAGUGCUCCAUCAAAACCCGAGGUUACGGAUGUCAGCAGAAAUACAGUAACAUUGUCAUGGCAACCUAAUUUGAAUUCAGGUGCAACACCAACCUCUUACAUAAUUGAGGCCUUCAGCCAUGCAUCUGGUAGCAGCUGGCAAACUGUAGCUGAAAAUGUGAAAACAGAGAGUUUUGCAGUUAAAGGGCUAAAACCUAAUGCAAUUUAUCUGUUCCUUGUGAGGGCUGCUAAUGCGUAUGGACUAAGUGACCCAAGCCAAAUAUCUGAUCCAGUGAAGACUCAAGAUGUUCCACCAACAAGUCAAGGUGUGGAUCACAAGCAGGUCCAGAGAGAACUAGGUGAUGUGGUACUACAUCUGCACAACCCUACUAUCCUUUCUUCCUCCUCAAUUGAAGUUCAUUGGACUGUGGAUCAGCAAUCCCAGUAUAUUCAAGGAUAUAAAAUCCUGUACAGGCCUAUGCCAGCAUCCUAUGGAGAGUCAGAGUGGUUAAUCUUUGAAGUGAGGACUCCAACCAAAAACAGCGUUAUCAUUCCUGAGCUGAAGAAAGGUGUAAACUAUGAAAUCAAGGCCCGCCCUUUUUUUAACGAGUUUCAGGGAGCAGAUAGCGAAGUCAAAUUUGCAAAGACCUUGGAAGAAGCUCCCAGCGCUCCACCUCAGAGCGUUUCGGUCACGAAGAACGAUGGGAACGGGACGGCGAUCGUGGUGACCUGGCAGCCGCCCCCCGAGGACAACCAGAACGGGAUGGUUCAGGAGUAUAAG